AUAUUUCUCAAUCAAAUUAAGGAUUUUCUCUCCAUACUCUGUACACUAUAUUAUUAUCACUUUCUAUUAACACUGAACUAAUACAAAUGUCAUGGCAUUCAUAUAAACCCAAAUCUUUUUGAAGUACUUCCUGUUAAGUAUUAGCUUUGAUUUCUCAACAGUUUAUAGCAUUUGAACACUAUGGGUCAAAGGAAUAACACGCAAGUGUCCAGCUUCAUCCUUCGGGGGCUGACAGAUUCUGCAGGGAUCCGGCUGGCCCUCUUCACGCUGUUUCUCCUGAUAUACCUGAUCACCAUGGUGGGGAAUGCGGGGAUGAUACUGAUAAUCCGCCUGGAUCUCCAGCUUCACACCCCCAUGUAUUUUUUCCUCAGUCACCUCUCAUUCCUUGACCUCAGUUACUCAACUGUCAUCACCCCUAAAACCUUAGAGAACUUACUGACCUCCACCAAGUCUAUUUCACGGAUGAACUGCUUCACUCAGAUGUACUUCUUUGUCUUCCUGGGUGCUGCUGAAUGUUUCCUUCUCUCCUCAAUGGCCUAUGAUCGCUAUGUAGCCAUCUGCAACCCUCUGCAUUACCCCAUAGUUAUGUCCCUGAGACGCUGCUGCUUCCUCAUCCUUGGGUCCUAUUUGAUUGGCUUUCUGGACUCCUUUGUCAAUGUCCUUUGCAUAAGCAGAUUGCAUUUCUGUGAAUCCAAUAUAAUCCAGCACUUCUUCUGUGACACAUCCCCAAUCUUAGCCCUGUCCUGCACUGACACACAUGACAUCAAAAUCAUGAUAUUCAUUGUCGCUGGCACCACCCUAAUGGUGUCUCUUAUCACAAUAUCUGUGUCCUAUGUGUUCAUCCUGUCUACUGUCCUGAAAACUAAUUCCACCUCCGGAAAGCAAAAAGCCUUUUCUACCUGUGGCUCGCAUCUCCUGGGAGUCACCAUCUUUUAUGGCACUAUGAUUUUCACUUAUUUGAAACCAAGUAAAUCUUACUCCUUGGGAAAGGAUCAGGUGGCUUCUGUUUUUUAUACCAUUGUGAUCCCCAUGCUGAAUCCAUUCAUUUAUAGUCUUAGGAACAAAGAAGUAAAACAUGCUUUCUGUAGAGUCACUCAGAAGAGAGAGGGAUCCAGGCAAUUAAAAUAA